AUGAAAGCUCGAGACCUCGCUCGUCUUGUCCAUGCUGAUGGUUUUGUUACGCUGCCGUAUGCAUCAUACGGAUCCUCGUUGUCUGUAAUUCAGAAACUUCGGACUCAGGUGCUUUACCAGUUCUCAAUAUAUUUGAGUGAAGCUGCCACUCAGAAUUUAGAUUUGACAUUACGCGAACAUGCUGAGCGUCUUCCGGGCUUCUACGUGCGCGAAGGUGGUCGAAUUGAUAUGCAGUUAAGCAGUUUGGCUAUUGAAACCAAUUUUUUGAUGAAAUAUUCGACUCAAUCGUCGUCUUUAGUAGACAUGAUAUUACUUAAGGACAUGGCUAUUUGCUGGCAGCCUGUACUUAAGGAACUUUUUUCACCACAUAACUUUCAUCUUGAGUACAUUGGCUGUGUUGUAUCCCAACCUGGAGAUGAGGCACAAAAUUGGCAUUUGGAUGGAAUUCAUCGCAACAAAACUAUUCAAGAAUCAGUGGAUCGUCUGAAUGUGUUUGUGCCACUUGUAGCACUAAAUGAUGAAAUUGGAGGCACUGAAAUGAAAUUAAGGUCGCAUAUUCACGAAAAUGGAGCUCGUGGUACAGCAUUUGAAGACUAUCAAGAUCUUCCUAGUGUUAUUGCACAUAUCCAAGCAGGAACUCCCAUCAUCAUGGAUUAUCGUGUAUGGCAUCGUGGAUUGGCUAAUACAAGCAAAGACACUCUUCGUCCUUUGCUUUACUUUAAACAUGCCAAAAUAGAGACAAAUUCCGACUUAAAUAUUGCAAAGAAACGAAAACGAAUUACGCCAGUGCAAGUGUAA